AUGGUGGGCAACUGUACAUCGAGGCAUACUUGUCGGAUCUGCCGCCGCAAGCAUCAUACUUUGGUUCAUGGCUCGUCGCAGCCAAUUCAAAAUGGCAACAACAUUGACACAGCAAGUGUUGGCAGCCGCGAUCGACCAGCAGUCUCACAUGCGGGAUCUACAAUUGGCCACAAUCAACCGUUAGCUCGAGAAGGUCAUCGCUUGGGAAGCGAGACUCCCGCGGAAAACAACUUUACGCAUCAUACUCUGGAGAAUAUUCCGGCGGCUGGUUCUCAGACUCUGUUGCCAACCAUCCUUGCUGACGUCAUCGACGCCUGGGGAAACACUACAACCUGCAGGCUGCUCCUGGACACUGGAUCUACAAUAACCUUGGCAACGGAAUCAUUUGUUCAGCGAAUAGGCGUGCGUCGAACGCACGCACGGAUUUCUAUUCUCGGUCUCGCCGCCAACAGCGCGGGCGUUACCCGAGGACGCGCACAUAUCAAGCUGCGCUCUCGUCAUUCGGGCCAAACUGUCGAACUGGUCUCAUUCAUUCUCAACUUGCUGACGUCAUCACUUCCUGCCCAAGUUAUUGACACCUCAUCCUCUACGUGGAGGCAAAUCUGCGAGCUUCCUUUGGCAGACCCAACGUUCUGCACACCUGGAGCAAUCGAUGUCAUUGUUGGAUCGGAUCAACUUUGGUCUCUAUACACAGGAGAUCGGAAACACUUUGGUAACGACUUUCCUAUCGCUCUCAAUACUGUAUUUGGUUGGAUUCUUGGAGGCUCUUACUCUGCAUUCGAUGAUCACCCUACUUCUGCGGUUACUCAUCACGCGGACCUAGACGCGAUGGUUCGUUCAUUCAUGGAGAUGGACAGCAUUCAGCCUAACCAGGCUCUCCUGGACGCCAGCGAUCCCACAGAGCGUCAUUUUGCUGCCACACACAAGCGCUCGACGGACGGGGUGUACGUCGUCGAGUAUCCCUUCAAGGAGAAGGCACCGCCUAUUGAUUCGACCUUGCCACAGGCCAUCAAUCGCUUCUUCUCGCUGGAACGCAAAUUUCGUCGGUAUCCAGAAUUGAAGCAGCAGUACGAAGCUUUCCUGGACGACUACUUGCAACGUGGACAUAUGGAACAACUGACCUCGGCUCAGGUUGAGGAGUCCCCAGACACCUGCUUCUAUUUGCCGCACCACGCUGUCAUCAAACUGGACAGUCUGACUACCAAAUGUCGUGUAGUUUUUGAUGGAUCAGGAAAGGACAGCUCUGGAGUAUCGCUCAAUGACAGACUACAUAUUGGUCCACCGAUUCAACGCGAUCUUCUUGGCGUUUGUCUACGCUUCCGGCAGCACCAAUAUGUUUUAUGCGCAGAUGUCGAAAAGAUGUUUCGAGGCAUUAAAAUCUUUAAGCCACACACCAAUUUUCAGCGCAUUGUUUGGCGCAAGACUGAGAAUGAACCUCUGCUUCAUUUUCGCCUGCUGACGGUUACCUACGGAUUGGCACCGUCACCAUUUCUGGCUGUUCGAGUUCUAAAGCAACUUGCCGACGAUCAUGGCCAUGAAUACCCUGCAGCAGCUCACGCUCUUCUGCACGAUGCCUAUGUGGACGAUAUCCCUACAGGCGCCAACACACUCGAGGAGCUUAUGAUUCUCAAGGACGAGCUUAUAGCCCUCUUGGAUAAGGGAAAAUUCAAGCUACUCAAAUGGAGUUCUAAUAGUUGGCGUCUUCUGAAAUCAUUACCAGAGGAAGAUAGAUGUUUUGAACCUAUCCAGCUCCUCAACAAAUCAGCUGCGGAUUCACCUGUCAAAGUUCUUGGUAUCCAAUGGAACCCUGGGAAGGACGUUCUGUAUCUCAACCUAAAGGGAUGCGAUGCGACCAUUUCUCCGACGAAAAGAGAACUCUUGUCUCAGCUAUCAAGAAUUUAUGAUCCGCUUGGACUGGUAGCGCCGGUCACAGUUCUACUCAAGCUAAUCUUCCAAGAAAGCUGGACAAGUGUCCUGCAGUGGGACGACCCCAUUCCUAAAAGUCUACGUACGCGCUGGAGAGCCUUAGUAGAGGAUUUGCCAGCACUUACGCAAUGCCAAGUACCACGGUAUAUUGCGUCACCAUUUCGAGAUGUUCAACUACACGGAUUCGCCGACGCAUCCUCGCACGCCUACGGUGCGGUUGCAUCGCUCGAGUUGCAGUUGGAUGCAGCUUUCAACACGAGCUGCUGGACAGAUUCAGAAAUUGUGCUACACUGGCUUUCAGCUCCCCCUCGACGGUGGAACACCUACGUCUGCAACCGAACUUCUGAGAUAUUGAGCGACUUUCCACGUAGCUGCUGGAACCAUGUUCGCACGGAAGACAAUCCUGCUGAUUGUGCUUCCCGAGGACUUCAUCCGUCAAAGCUUCUGGAGCAUCGACUGUGGUGGAAAGGUCCGUCCUGGCUGGCCACACCCACCUCUGAGUGGCCACCUUCUACAAGCAAGUUCAGCGUAUCUUCAAGUUUCGAUGUCAACACCGAAGAACGAGCCAUAAAGCCCACGACUCUACAUAACUUACCUGAUGAAAGUAUACACGAGUUACUCAUCCACAAAUUCUCAACCUGGACGCGUCUUAUAAGGGUAUCUAGCUACUGUCAUCGCUUUAUUCACACUCUUCGAUCUCAUCAUAGGAAUUCGGCACCAUUCCUUACGUCUGAAGAGUUGCUGGACGCACAGCGCCGACUUAUUCGACAUGUGCAACAGAAAUCCUUUGCCAGAGAAUAUGCGCAGCUAGAGAAUCGACGCCAGCUUAACGCUAAAUCGCAUCUUAUCCGGUUUUCUCCGUUUCUGGAUGAUUAUGGAGUAAUGCGAGUCGGUGGGAGAAUCGAGCAAUCUACACUCAACUACAACGCCAAGCACCCGAUUCUGAUACCUAAAGAUACACCACUAGCUGGACUGCUGGUUCGACAUUUUCAUGUCUCCUAUCUGCACACUGGAGUUGAUGCAACGUUCACCAAUCUUCGUCAGCAGUACUGGAUUCUGGGAGCCCGCAAUCUCGUCAGAAAGGCAGUCUUCCAAUGCAAAUCCUGUUUUCUUCAACGAAAGGGCACAAGCAACCAGAUCAUGUGA